GAGGAACAGGAAGGUGUGAAACUGCCCGAGUGGGAAGUCGCCCGUUCUGGGAGGGUGCAAUGGAUUUACUGAAAGAGCUGAAAAGCAUGCCUAUGACUUUGGACCUACUGCAGUCCACCCGCAUCGGGAUGUCGGUGAACGCACUGAGGAAGCAGAGCACAGAUGAAGAAGUGAUUUCACUUGCCAAAUCCCUCAUCAAAUCUUGGAAGAAACUCUUAGAUGCUUCAGAGGAGAAGAGUGAGGAGAAAAAGAAAAGUCUGUCCUUGCCAACGUCCUCCUCAAAGGAGACCAGUAACUCCAGAGACCAAAGCUCCAACAAAAGGCAGGAGGCUCCCAAGACUCCAACCACCCCCAAAAUCACCACCUUCCCUCCGGCGCCCGUCACCUGCGACGCUGUCCGCAACAAAUGCAGGGAGAUGCUGACCACGGCUCUGCAGGCUGAUGAUGAUUAUAUUGCCAUCGGUGCUGACUGUGAGCACAUAGCAGCCCAGAUUGAAGAAUGCAUCUACCAAGAUGUCAAGAACACUGACAUGAAGUACAAGAACCGAGUGAGGAGCCGCAUCUCCAACCUGAAGGACUCCAAAAAUCCUGAGCUGAAGAAGAACGUGCUGUGUGGGGCCAUCACCCCCGAGCAGAUCGCGGUGAUGACCUCGGAGGAAAUGGCCAGUAAUGAGCUGAAAGAGAUCAGGAAAGCCAUGACGAAAGAAGCGAUCCGGGAGCAUCAGAUGGCCAAGACAGGAGGGACACAGACUGACCUCUUCACCUGUGGGAAAUGCAAGAAGAAGAACUGCACCUACACCCAGGUGCAGACCCGCAGCUCCGACGAGCCCAUGACC